ACAAAUUAUCCAACGGUUAUUUCCUGGUGCUACUUAUAAAACUGUUGCAAAAAGUCAUUUGGUCUUCCAUAAUUCUUCCAAAAGUGACCGAGCAACAUUUUCAUCUACAACUGAAUCCAAAACAGAAACCUUGGUACCUUCUUUAAUAUUUGAAGAAAUCCAUCCCAUUUCAAGUUCAAAGAAGAAAAAAAAAACUGAUGUGUUGGUUUCUUGA